AUGUACGUUGUCGAAAUUGGCCUUGAGGAAACUUCUUCUGAAGAAAAGGAAAAUGAGUUCUGCCAUCAGCAGUUACUUCUUUUCUUAUACACCAUUUAUUCCAAUUUUUUACCAGCGAAAAAUAUGAUCGAAACUUUUAUUGGACCUCGUGAUGAAAAGAAUAUUCUUCAGUUAGCCCUAUCGCAAUCAAAAUUCGAAGCCGAUCCAUCUUCUGACAUUCUGAAUUUAAUAUGGAUUGAAGCGAGCAAACAGCGCUUAUUCGGAAUUCAAGAAAAUGAUAACUGCCUGGUCGAGGCUAUAGAACAGAUUCUAAAGUCGAAUAACAUCAUCGAUAGAGUUUAUCUAGUGAAAAGAAUCAAAGACGAGUAUUUUGAAAAUGCUGAAUUAAUUAAUGCUCUACAUUCUGCUGAAUAUAUUGUCGUUUCUAAUCAGCUAACCUGGUUUGAGCAUCUCGUCGUUUCACUUCUAAUUGAAAUAAAAGUGCCAAAUAUCCGUUUCACUAAAACGCCGGAUUUUAAACCCUUUUUAUCCCUUCAGCAAUGUUCUACCGUUCAUGAGCUCUUCGUUGAGCCGGAACCAAUUUCGCGUUCCUUACUAGCUUAUUUGGCUGUUGCAGUAAACGUAAAAAAUACUUUCGAUCUAGCUCUUAUUAUUAACAAACCCUUUCGUGGUUUCAACAGAUCUUUCUUCUCUACACUUCGUCGAAUCUCUAGCAACGCAUCAAUGCUACCUGGGCAGUUGGUUCUUUCCUACCCAGCCUGUAUGACUGCAUCAGCAGCUACUUCAACUCUGCGAAUCGAUGACGCAAAACUCUUGAAAACUUCCACCUCCGGUUUAGAGCACCUUGCAAAUACAAUUCGAACCUGUCAAGAUGCCCUUUCUGGUUUCCUUGACGAUGAUGCUUCUCUUGCUAGCAGUAGUCAGUUCGGAAGUAUGUCUACAGAAGCGGCUGCAGAUGCUGUGCGAGCUUGUUUCACUGUUACCCUGAGAGCUUUCACUCGACCCCCUAGACUUAAUAAGGAUCCUGAAAAAACCUGGUCAAUGAACGAUAUUAAAGCCGCUAAAAAGUCGUUGAACGAACGAUUGGAACAACUGUUAUCUUCUCCUUUAGUGAAAGGAUGUGAAAAUUUGAUUUCCUCUACCCCUAAUCGGCCUGUUUACGCCGGAGGUUCACUUCAAGGCCGUCCUGCCUACCGUCUGGCUCGUCUAUUCCUUGUGUACGAGGCGACACGUCAAGUUGCUCCACCCCGUAGACCUGAUACGUCCACUAUGACACCUCAAUGCACUCCAAUUGGUCACCGAACAUUUAAUGCCUUCUUUGAAUCGCCGGCUCCUCAAGACCGUACACCACAAGUCACCAAAGCGACGCCGACUAAUGCUUCGAAGACUCCAUCGAAGGCCGAAAAGACGCCUGAACAGGCAGUGAGUUCUAGCACCUUCAUGCUAUAUUCUCCUUGCUCCUAG